ACCCUUCAACGCGCACAAAUGGCUUCGUCCACCUCUGCAAUGACAGACUUUCAGUUUGCUUUCGACCCGACACUUUUUCCAGACCCUCCAGCGGUACCUCCUUCCUCGGAGCUCUUCUCCGCGUCUGAAGCCGACAACAUCUUUGGCUUUCUCGACAACUUCAAUGACUGGGACUUCGAUGGCGACCUCUUUGGCAGGCUAGCGCAGCAAAACAUUAUGCCGCCGCCACUGCCAUCCCAGGACACAUACAUAGGCGGAUUUCCGGAGCUUGCGGGGAAUGCCUUGAGCAAGCCGGACAUGAGCCCUCCUUCGUCUGUGAGCACAGAGGUCUCCUCUCAGCCAUUGGCUCGGCACCAGCCCCAUCGACGGAAACGGUCGCCGUCUUCAAGUGCACAUAGUCCAGAUUCUCCUAGCUCAACUCGCAGAGCCUCCAUCUCCAGUAUGAAUGGACCAGGGCGUACUCGUCCCUUGCUCGACGACAAGCAGAAACGCAUGAACCAUAUUAUGUCAGAGCAGAAGCGGCGAAAUGCAAUUCGCGAUGGAUACGCUCAGUUGACAACCCUUCUCGCGCCGGCAGGCGCGCCUCCUGGAACACUCAUGCCGACACGAGGGCGACCAAAAGGGAGUGGUGCGAAAGGAAAGGGGCGACCUAGCGCGGGUAAAAGCGGUGUUCUCCUCCGCGCAGUGGAAUAUUGUCGGUGGCUCGAGGAGGGAAGGGAUGCCCUUCUGGAGGAAGUCAAACGGCUGGAGGCUGCCUCUGGUGUUCGUGUUGACUUAUAAUUGUGUAUUUCUCGGGAAUUUAUUGCAUUAUAGUCUUGUUAAUACUGCAUGUCAUACCUUGUCUUCGGUUUGUUCGACUUUUUCUUGUCUUGACUCUGUAUACCAGCAAAGGCAUUUUACGACCUCUAAUGUUGAUGCUCCUGUAUGCAUCGCCCAGUUUGUCCCUGGUAAUCUUAUCCAUUGUAAUGUAAACAAAA